UGACCGUCAGAUCCGGAAAAAAUUUUGCACUUCCACUCCAGCCGCGCAACAGUCGACACUGAUCGACGGACUGAGAGCAGAAGGAAGGAAGCGAAUUCCAGUCGCCGGACGACGUUGAUAGGUUCGGUACCGUCUAAGGAUCGAGGCAGAAGCCCCGUUAUUAAGGUACGCCGACGACGAGCUUUCUUCCUCCAAGCUCCAUUUGUGGUAGAAGUAGAACACGAAUCAGUACCAUUAGGUGUGUAGUAAUCGAUAAUGUGUUCCGGCAGGAAAAUGGUUAGGGUUUUGACAGAAUUAGGACGAGGAGAUGGCGAGGACAGAAUCUCCCAAAUUCCAGACGAAAUCAUUCACACCAUCCUUUGUUGCCUGAACUCUCCAGAGGCAGCUGCCAAAACCAGCGUGCUGUCGAGGAGAUGGCUCCACCUCUGGCGCUCUUUCCCUCACGUGGAGUUCCAGCUCUCGAAACAAAAUCAGAGUCGGUUCCGCAGCUUCGUUGAGUCCACUUCUGCGAAGCUGCUGCGGCUGCUUUCUGAUUCGGAUCACGGCAAUAGUGGUAGUAGUUGUGCAGCAGUAGCAACAAUUGAGGAUUUCAGUAUCUAUGUUGAUGAUGAUUUUCAGAAGGAGGACAUCGACCGUUUGCUGUUGUUAAUCAGCAAUGGCAAUGGCUUAUCUCCAGUUAUGUUUGUGCUUGGCUUCAAAUCACAUCCCGGCUAUAGUUUGCUGGUUCCAAAUUGGAGUCGCACAAAAUUUGUCGCCCUCCGUGGUUGUGAUCUCACCUCUGCUACUACUUUAGGUUUUCAUGAUAAUCUUGGCAGCCUCGAGUUCCUCCGUCUCGAUAAUGUCAGCCUCAGUGAAGAGCUUCUCCACCGUAUCUUGGCUAAUUCUCCUUGCCUCGCGUCAUUGAAUUUGUACCGAAUAUUUGGGAUUGAUAGGCUGGAGGUUGUCUCUUCUCCUUGCCUCGAGAGUUUGUAUUUGGGUUACAUUGAUAGGGGUGGAAGGCGGGGAAGCGAAUGUCCCCCCGAGGAAAUGCGUAGACUAAGGGUUUCGUCUCCAAAGCUCAAGAAGAUGAGUAUCUGGCAGGGCUUGGAGGAGCUUGAUAUUGAUGCUCCUAAUUUGGUUAGUCUCUUCGGGGCUGUUAAUCCUAGUUAUCCCUUAAUGAAAGUCAAUGUUGUCAAUUUGGCAUCUGAUUGCCAAUCUACAGUAUAUGUGGUUUCGUAUGUGGAUGAAUUCACACCACAAUGGUUGAGGCUGUCCCUCUCCACCACAUUCACUCAAUUCCGCCACCUUAUCUUGCGUUUCACCUCUUGUUUUUCCUUAUCAGAACAACAGGUUCCACGUCUAAGCCAAGCUGUGUAUGCUGCCCCACCUCCAAGGAUUGAUGAACUGCAAUUUGGUCCACUUCUGGAAAGGAUUUGUGACAUAGAAGAGGCAGCCGCUUUUGUAAAUAGUCUGUUUUGGGCUUGUCUUCCUAAGUUCAUGUCAAUAGCCAAGGGAGAGGACAGUGCCCUGAUUGCUGAGUACAUGUGCCGGGAGUAUCUGAAGUUAAGCUCUCCUAGUGGCAUGAAUGAAGCUACUUCUUGGACUCGUCAUUUGAAAGAUAUGAAGAUAGAGAAUGGUUCUACUGGUGAGGUGAUGGAGAUCUCGGAAGACGUGAUUCCGUCCCUUCCAGAGCAAAAGAAAGUUAGGUUUAUGCUGACAUGGUGUUAGUUUAGGUUACACAACUUCUGGAAGCUUUGCUAAAAUUGUAGAUGAUUUGCUGCAAGCCUCUGUGUGUCUGCAAGCCGUUUGAGAACAUGAUAGUAUUGAGAAGAGAUGGGAAUCCAUGGAGCUGGAGAGUGCAGCAGUUGGAGAAGGAUUGUUCAGAUGCUAUGUAGUUGUAUUUUGAUUUUUGAGUUCGUUAGAAAGCUGGCUUUUGGGUUCGAUAGAUCAUAGAAGCAGAAAGAAGUGUAUAUAAAAUGUAAGGAGAAGAAUCAAAGAACUAUCUGUUGGAUUAAAUAUAUGAUCACUGAACUGAGGGUUUUCUUAAAACA